AAUUCCGAGCCCCGAGCAGUCGCCGGCACCAGUUGUCCAAGAUGAGUCUCAGCGAGAAGGUGAUUAUCGUGACGGGAGCCAGCAGCGGUAUCGGAGCUGCCAUUGCCCAGGUGCUGGCCCGGGAGGGCGCCACCCUGGCUCUGGUCGGACGGAAUGUGGCCAAUCUGGAGGCCACCAAGAAGAAUCUGAAGGGCGUCAAGGCCGAGAUCGUGGUGGCGGAUGUUACCAAGGAUGCCGACUCGAUUGUCCAGCAGACGUUGGCCAAGUUUGGCCGGAUCGAUGUCCUGGUGAAUAAUGCCGGUAUCCUCGGCAAGGGCGGACUCAUCGAUCUGGAUAUUACGGAAUUCGAUGCUGUCCUCAAUACCAAUCUCCGUGGCAUCGUUCUCCUGACCAAGGCCGUCCUCCCCCACCUCCUGAAGACCAAGGGCGCUGUCGUGAAUGUCAGCAGCUGUGCCGGUAUCCGUCCAUUUGCCGGCGCCCUCAGCUACGGUGUCUCCAAGGCGGCCCUCGAUCAGUUCACCAAGAUCGUGGCUCUGGAAAUGGCGCCCCAGGGCGUCCGGGUUAACUCCGUGAAUCCCGGCUUUGUGGUCACCAACAUCCAUCAGAAUAUUGGCAUUGUGGGCGAUGAGUACAAUGGUAUGCUCCAGCGUGCCAUCAACUCGCAUCCCAUGGGCCGUGUCGGCGAUGUCCGGGAAGUGGCCGAAGCUGUCGCCUUCCUGGCCAGUUCCAAGGCCAGUUUCACCACCGGCGCCCUCCUGCCCGUCGACGGUGGAAAGAACAAUCUGACGCCUCGUUAAGCGCUCAUCCGUAAUUACAUUUUCUCCAUUAAUAUCUUACCUUUCACUUUUCCUAUCCCACAUCCCAAUCCCAAAAACUCCUCCUCCCAAAUCUUUAUUUUCUUACAUUUUUUUUUUUUUGGUUAAAAUAAAUAAGUUGUAACCACACUGAACGAAAAAAAAAUGAAUGUUUUCAGAGGGGGGAGGUUGGUAACUUUUUUGGCAAGACAAGUCAUAAAAUGUUUAAAAGUUCAAA